CAACCUCCAUAAGACGUGGAGGACUGUUGUCGAACGCGUUUCGCGACCUCGAGGAUCCCAUAGAGAAGACGCGAAAACUCAUUUUGCCAUAUACGCACAACUAACUUUGUGCCUCAACUUCCACUCCCAUACCUCACAUACUCAACUGUAUUUCCACAUAACAUUCAGCUCGUACUAGUCGUCCAACAAUCAUCAACAUGCUCGUCCAAAAGCUGCUUUUCGGGACAGGCUUGGUGGCUUCGGCCUCAGCAUGGAACACAGAUGUCCACAAUCAGAUAGGCUUCAUGGCAGAGCAGUUCUUCACUCCUCAAACUACGUCUGUCCUUGCCAAGAUCCUCGAGCCUCAGUAUAAUGGCUCUGUUGGACGUGCCGCAGCCUGGGCAGACGCAUACGCACACACAAGUGAAGGGCGCUUCUCUUACCAGUGGCAUUGGAUAGAUACACACGACAACGCGCCUCAGUCCUGCCAUCUCAACUACACGCGCGACUGUGCUGAAGGCGGGUGUGUUGUAAGCGCGAUUUCGAACCAGACUCAAAUAUUGAGCGGAUGCAUCGACGACGUGAAGAAUGGCGUUUUGAGUGCAGGCACUAACUUGACCUGCUCGUACGCGCUGAAAUGGGUAGCACACUUCUUAGGUGACAUCAAUCAGCCGCUCCAUGCGUCCGGAAGAGCUGCAGGAGGAAACUUUGUGAAAGUCAAGUUUGGCAAUGUGUCCACAGAGCUGCAUGCUGUUUGGGAUGGCUAUAUCCCGUAUUUCGCAGCCAACGUCAGCAAGCCCUUCUCCCAUGAAUCGAUCGAUCCUUUCUUCUUGGAUCUUGUGUCUCGCAUUCGAAAGGAUGAAUUCUAUGAGGCUCCGUACAUGUGGCUUGCUUGCAGCGACCCCACCACACCCAUUGAGUGCGCAUCACGCUGGGCAGGGGAGAGUAACAGAUGGACUUGCGACUAUGUUUACAGUCGUCUUCGCAAUAACACAGAUUUAGGUACCGAUGGGUAUGCUGAUGGCGCCGUGCCUAUCGUCGAGCUGCAGAUUAGUAAAGCUGCGCUAAGACUGGGGACGUGGCUGAACAAGCUGGUAGAAGGCGGAAAACAACUUGAAGAAGAGCAGGAGAUAUCAGAACUGUAAGCAAGAACCGCACUAGAAUUGACGAAGUACGUGUUUGUUCUACUGGUUGAAAGUUGAGCAAACAAUGGUCAGUGACAAUCUCCUCCCUCGUCUGUCAUUCAAUACAACAUUUCCCACUCUCAACCUUCGCACUCUCAGCUCAGAAAUACGACGUGUUUUCAAUUCAUAACCUUGAGAUCGAAGCUGAUCAAGGCGACACCAAUUGUGGCAUCGGUAACAUAUUGGGUCGAUUACCCAAUAGCACGGCAAUAGCGGCGCCAAGUUCCAUGCUGAAGU